GUCAGGAUAGAGGCUGUUUCAAUUUCCAAAAUAAACUCAUCAGUCGUAUGGUUUCGAUUUUAGCACUUUGAUUUUCACUUUUUAGCUGAAUGAUGCUAUUCGGGAUAUAUUUAGAUGUUUAUGUGGACCGAAAAAUACAAACUUGGUUUCAGGGAAGGGCACUGGAUAAACAAAAAACGAAGUUUCGAGUAAUGGAUAAAACAAGCGAAAAUUUCAAGACAGCUUCAAUGGACAUAUUGCAUCUUCAAAAUGGAAAAUCUUAACAUCAAUAAAGUGAUGCUUCACAAAAUAGUG